AUGCGCCUGAUCUCCUUCCUUCUCGUCGCUGCAGCUGCAUUGUUUACUGACUGCAACGGUGUCCCAACUGCAAGUCUGACCAAACUAUCGGGUAAUGCCGUGCAACCGAUAAACGUGGCUUCGGAGAAGAGUGUGAAGUCCUUGCGAAGCGAGAGUCGGAAAUCUACCGACAUCGAAAACUCCGAAGAUGAAGAGAGAGUUAUCAAGGUUGGUCUUGUUGACGACGCGGUAAAGAAACUCGGUGGAGCCGACGACGCCGCGAAGAAACUACUUGUUAACGACAAUGUUGUGGCUGAGAGAUUGGCCGCUGAGGCUAAAGCUAUCGACGACCUCGUUGAUUGGUGGACGACACUCAAGUUGACACCCAAACAAAUUAAAAGUACAGUCACCAAAUCACCGGUCAGAGAUAAGGCACUCAAGCAGUACCUUGCGCAGAUUAUGAGAGAGAAGUACGCACUGAACCCACGCGUAAGGACGAAAACGAUUGCCAGGCCCUAAGUGACUCCGAUCGGAAAGCCACGACGAUCGUUGGCUGGUGGUCUUGGCACAACUUUGAGAAGCACUAUGUCUGAAACGACACCCAUAUUCGAUAAAUUGAUAGCCCUCCGCUCUAAUACCGAC